CUGCGCGGCAUGCAUUGUAGAAGCUGGGACAACACCAUCCUAGGGGCUGAAUUUGCAUUUCCAGUGGGCAGCUUGUUCAGAUUCUUCACUUGUAAGGACAUGUGUACUGGCUAGAAGCAAGGUAUCGCCCACAGGGCUGAGAAUGACAGUUUGAGAUGGAUCAAAUUCCAAACUGGAAGACACACCCUCCAAACAAGUGCGCAGGGAAGAAUCUUUUCAGAAUUUCAGCAUCUCCUAAACAGCUAUUGACUUGUUUAUGUUGCCUUACACAGGAACGGGCAGAACUCAUAGGCCAAAUCAGAUAGUGAUUUUAUAUACCGCUGUGUUCUGUAUGCCUCCAUUCUCAUCUGGCUUUGUUUUUCCAAAGCACUUCUAGACCAGAAAGAUAUUCAGAUGUCUUCAACGGUGGGAUCAAAUUUUAGCCUUGCUAAUUCCCAUGAAACCUAGCGUAGGUUGUAAAUGUGUUAGCCAAGCACUGAGAAGAUUUAGCCCUUCGAAGUUAGAGACACUAUUGUUUCAUCCAGUGCUACUGAAAUGCCACCGCCUCUGCCAUUGAGCUGACACCCAUAGCACGCAGCGCUCACUGUACUCUAGGACCCUAUUCAGAAGAGUGUGGGCCUUGGAGAGCUGAAUGAGAAGAAAAAUGUGAUCCAUACAAUCAGAUACUCAGGAGAAGAAUACGAAUAUGACACAAUUAAUCUCUUCUGAAUAAAUGAAGAAAGUGACUAUGAAAGCACAGCAUCUACCUUCUGUUUCCAUCAAUGAGGAGAAGUUCAUAACCAGAGAGCAGCUCAGUUCUCUUCUGAAGACUUAUAACUCUUACUAUUCUGAUCAAGAAAAUCUGCAACUGUCACAUAACCAGCAAGAAGGAAGCAAACCAUUUAUUGAAGGCAUCUUGUCCAUAUUUUGGGGAGUCCGACAUCCUAUCCGAUUAAAAAUUCAGGAUGAGAAGCAGAUACCCUCUUUUGUAACCCUGAAGUCAACAGAGAACGUGGGUUUGUUCCCUAGUAAAAGGGGAAUGACACGCUGGGGAGAAUUUGAUGACCUACAUCAUAUUAGCGGGGAGACAUUGAAAUCUACUGAAGAAAAGCCAAACCUUGAGAAAAGUUAUUCAAGUUACGAAAGCUGCACUCUGAAGUCCAAGAGCGAGCAGGAACAUGACUGUGCUACCCUGCCCAGGGCCGGCAGCAAUGCCGCAGCUGUACGGAAGAGGACCAAGUUCCCCAUGAUAGCGAGGACAGAAGUAGAAACUCACAGGUUUUCGAUUAAUGGCCACUUCUACAACUACGAGACAUCAGUUUUCACUCCGGCUUUCGGAUCAGAAACCAAAAUAAGAAUAAACAGCCAGAUGAGAACAAGACAAGUAAUUGAACAAUUGCUUCGGAAGUUUAAGAUAGAAAACAGCCCACAUGAAUUUGCACUUUAUAUUAUCCAUGCAUCCGGAGAGAAGAAGCAGCUGAGGAGUGGAGAUGUUCCCUUACUGCACAGACUCUUGCAGGGGCCCUCGGAGAAGAUUGCCAAGUUUUUUCUCAUGGACAGGGAUGUGGAAGAGAUAAGCAGUGACGUUGCUCAGUAUAUUCAAUUUAAUCUUUCCUUUUUGGAAUCGAUUCUGCACAGAAUAAAUGAAGAAGAACAACAGGAGAUUCAACAGACAAUUGCGAGGUACCUAAAAGAGAAGAGUAUGAUAUGCCAGCACCUUCAUAGUCAAACUGUUAAAAAAACAGAGACUACUGUUUGAUGUGAAUGGCCUGUUGCGAAUGCCCCAUGCCCUGCCUUUGCCAAAGGGAAGUCAGUAUGUUUGCUUGAAUGUGCCGUGACUGAAGAGCACUUAAAGCACAGGGGUGUUCCAAGCGCUGAAGUUUGUCUCGGUAAUUAUGCAACCGAAAUUGAACCUGCUCCUCUACAGUGCUGGAAUGCAAGUUGGGAACCACCAAAGAAGAAGCACUAGAUACCCCAAAAGGCAGAUGUUGAAUCUAGCUUGAAACUUAAGAUAGAGAAAAAGAUCCUUUGAAAAGCACAAGGCUUUAAAUCCUGCUAAUUUCCAAACCAUUACCAAAAGUCUAGGAUAUAAGGAAAAUAUUGCAAUAACCAAUGUGUUAAUUGUACAGAAAAUAUGAAAAUUAGGUAUAUGGUUUUCCUUCUAUUAGAGAAAUGUUGAAUUAUUUUAGGAGGAAGCUUUUCAGUAGAGAUAAGUGGUAAAAGGUAUGUAUGCAUCUGAGAUUGCAGUUAGGCUUUUCACUUAUCUUAAAAAAAAAAAAAAAAAAAAAAAUUUACAAAAAAAUACCUGUGCAAGAGAGACCUGAAAUCCCACUGGCUUCGGACUGGUAGAUGCCUGAUUUGCUUAAGCUUUGAGCUACAGUUAGAAAAAUAUAAAUGGGAAACCCUCCCACUUAAUAGCUACUUAGCUCUUAAACAGAAGAGGGAAUUUAUCUCUGAAGUAUCUCUUGAACUGCAAAGUAAGAACUCUCACUACAUACUGUUGCAUCUGCUUGAUUGGGUCUUGGAAGGCACCUCCGCAUUUGUUGUUGUUGAAAAAAAAUGAUUCUGUGUUACUUGCUGUGUUGUAUAUGUGAAGAUGGAAGUGCGACGUGUUCAGCGAGAGAGGUUGAACCUCACAGCCGUGGUAGGUUUGGGUUGGCCGCCUUCCCACAGAUGCGGUUCUGGUACAGCCUGGCCCCAGCGCGGUGUAUGGGAGCCAGCUAUUGGAUCCUGCCUGGCUGAGUCAUGCUGAAUAUUGAAGCUCCAACUAUAGAGAAGUAAAUAAAAUCCAAUUUGUGCACAAUUAA